AUGUUCACUUCGCUCAGAAAAGUCAAGAAGGCAAAAGACCAAGAAGUCUCUGACCUUGAAAAGCAAGUUGCUCAAGCCAUUUUCGAUUUGGAAGUCUACUCAAAGGAUUUGAAGGCUGAUCUUCAACCUCUUGUCUUCUCCAGCGCUCAAGAAGUUGCUGUUGGUAAGGAGAAGCAAGCCCUCAUCAUCUUUGUUCCAGUCCGUCAAAUCAAGGAAUGGAGAAAGGUUCACGGAAAGGUUGUCAGAGAAUUGGAGAAGAAAUUCAACGGAAAGCACGUCUUGAUUGUUGGUCAAAGAAAGGCCCUCUCCAAGCCAUCCGAUCCAACUAAAGUUCACAGACCAAGAGCUCGUUCUUUGCAACAAGUCCAAGAAAGAUUCAUGGAAGAUGUUUGCUAUCCAGUCGAAAUUGUUGGUAAGAGAACUAGAACCAGAGUUGAUGGUUCCAAGCUCGUCAAGCUUUUCCUCGAAAACAAGGAUAAGACCAACUUUGAUCAUAAAAUUAAGACUUUCAACAAGGUCUGCAAGAGAUUGACUGGUAAGAAGGUGUCCUAUGAAUUUGCCAACCUUUAA